AUGGAUAAUGUAACAUCUUUUCCUACCUACACCUUGAUGGAACCAAGAGACUCUAAAUCAUACAGACAUAUAUAUUUCACAUGCUUUUUGGUGCUCUAUAUUAUGAUACUUGUUGUUAACACUUGGGUCAGUGUUGUUAUCGUCUUGGAGAAAGCUCUACAUGAACCAAUGUACAUUUUUCUGUGCAAUCUGUGUGUAAAUGAUAUGUAUGGAGCUGCAGGGUUUUAUCCUAAAUUCCUACAUGAUUUAUUACUGGAUUCCUAUGUGAUUCCAUCUUACAUGUGUGUACUUCAAGCUUUUGUGAUCUACAGUUCAGUUAUGUGUGACUGUACUACAAUAACUGUAAUGGCAUAUGACAGACAUGUGGCCAUAUGUCGACCUUUAGACUAUCAUACAAAAGUUAACAAAUUUUCAUGCAGCGUAUUGCUUGGGUUCUGUUGGAUCCUACCCUUUGUUUUCAUGUUUAUUGUUCUUGUGUUGUCAAAUAGGCUGAAAUUGUGUAAAUAUCACAUUAAUAAACUAUACUGUGACAAUUGGUCUAUGGUAAAACUAUCUUGCGAAUCAACUGUCAUCAAUAAUAUUUAUGGAUUUUUUGUCAUUGCAUUUUAUGCUUGCCUGGUUGGUUUUAUUUUUUUGACCUAUAUAAAAAUUCUCAUUGCAUGCAAAGCAUCAUUAGAGUGCAGAAGGAAAUUCUGGCAGACAUGUGUGCCUCAUAUGUUUAUAGUGAUAAAUUAUGUUGUUGCUGUGUUUUUUGAUGCCAUGUACAGCAGAUAUGGCUCAAACAAUGUUUCAGAGGAUUUGCUAAAUUUUUUGGCUCUCGAGAUUCUUAUUGUGCCGCCUCUUGUCAAUCCAGUAAUCUAUGGGUUAAAACUCCAUGAAGUACGCAAAAGACUCUUGAAAUGUUUCAGUAAACAGAAGCUACAACCAUCUAUCACGCCACAUUAA